GGAUCUUAUGAAUGCGGUCCUUGCAACCCUGGUUUCAUUGGGAACCAGUCAAUCGGUUGCCGUCGCGAAGAAGGUUACUGCUUCAGCGGAGACAAAUGCGACAGGCAAGCCGAGUGUAUGAGUUUGGGAUAUGGCCAGUAUGAGUGCGUAUGUCUGCCAGGAUGGGCAGGAAAUGGAAUCUACUGUGCCCGCGAUAGCGACUCUGACAGAUGGCCCGAUGAAAACCUGCCAUGUUCUGACCGUUUCUGCAAAAAGGAUAACUGCCAAUACACUCCCAACUCUGGACAGGAAGAUGCAGAUGGAGACGGAAUUGGUAAUGCUUGCGAUAAUGACGCUGAUGGUGAUGGUAUUUACGAAGGGGAUAACUGCCCCCUCAAACCCAACCCCGACCAAAGAGACUCCGACCAAGGCGGUCCAGACAGAGUGGGAGACGUCUGUGACAACUGCCCUUACGUCCGUAACCCCGACCAAAGCGACGUCGACGGAGACAACAUCGGUGACGCCUGCGACGAAGACAUGGACAACGAUGGCAUCAUCAAUGAUCUGGACAAUUGCAUGAAGGUGCCGAACAGAGAUCAAAGUGACGUCGACGGCGACGGCGUAGGGGACCUCUGCGACAACUGUCCCAACGCCCACAAUCCCAAUCAGGAGGAUAGGGAUGAGAACAAUGUGGGGGAUGUUUGCGAUUCUUCUUUGGAUACUGAUAGGGACGGCGUAAGCGAUCUUCAUGACAACUGCAGAUUGACUCCGAAUCCGAAUCAACUGGACACAGAUCGGGACGGCAAAGGGGAUGCUUGCGACACCGAUAUUGAUGAUGAUGGUAUUCCAAACAAUAAGGACAAUUGUGUGCUUGUUUAUAACCCUGACCAAGUUGAUUCCAACAAUAAUGGUUACGGUGACAAAUGCGACGACGACAAUGACCAAGACGGCGAAAAAAACAUCUUUGAUGUAUGUCCCAACAACUCCCUGAUCUUCCAAACGGACUUCAGUAAGUAUCAGACAGUCAUUCUCGACCCCGAAGGAACAACCCAGACAGAUCCCAACUGGGAAAUAUACAAUAACGGUGCUGAAAUCAUUCAGACUCAGAACAGUGACCCAGGUCUCGCCGUUGGACAUGACGAAUUCCUCGGAGUCGACUUCGAAGGAACUUUCUUUAUCAAUACCGAAACAGAUGAUGAUUACGUCGGGUUUGUUUUCAGUUACCAGAGCAACAGCAAAUUCUACACCGUCAUGUGGAAGAAGCACGAACAACUCUACUGGGAGGCAGAACCUUUCCGAGCUUUCGCCGAACCCGGAAUACAAAUCAAAGUGGUCGACUCCGCUACCGGUCCAGGUCAGCUCCUUCGCAAUUCCCUGUGGCACACCGGAGACACUGAUCAACAAGUGAAACUCCUCUGGAAAGACCCCCUCAACAAGGGAUGGAAGGAGAAGACUUCCUACAGGUGGUUCCUCAUUCACAGACCGGCGAUCGGUUUGAUCCGACUGAAAAUCUUCGAAGGGGAGAAGAUGGUGACGGAUUCCGGAAAUAUUUUCGACAACACCCACAAGGGUGGUAGACUGGGUGUGUUCUGUUUCUCGCAGGAGAUGAUCAUUUGGUCGGAUCUUGCGUAUAGAUGUAAUGAUAACGUGAGGGAAGAAAUUUGGAGACAACUACCACAUAGGCUCCGGAAAAAUUUGAAGAUAGACAACAUACGGUCAUACAGCGUAUCUCCAGUGAACCUGUAAUAGUGUAAUUUUUACAUAUUACAUAUAUUAAGUCAUUUCAUGUGUUCUUCAACAAACUAAACCAUUUUUGUACUUAUAUAAUUACUAUUGAGAAAUUAAUAUAUUGUUCAUGUUCAUAGUAUUAUGAGUCAGAACUACUGCUAACAAAUUUGUGAAAGAUUAUUACAAAACGUUAAUAUUUUCAAUAUAUUUCUUUGUUAGUAAC